CGGCUCUGACCCGCUGUCAGUUGCCCGAGCCCUGUGCCACGGUUAGGACCGCGUGUAUAAUCGUCGUCACCUUUUACACGAGACGACGCGACGACACUGGCCAUUCCGCGUCGCCCUCCCCGUUUACGUGAGAGAUCCGUCGUCGGCGCGAUCGGGCGAGCGCUAUCGACGGUAAUCGGCGGUGAUCAGAGGAGAGGCGAAAGGCUAGGCCAGGCCAGCGAUCGGGAGCGAGUACGGUGAUCGACCGUGGACCGACCUCCGAUCGGGACCUCCCGUCCGCGAGGGAGAUACGCUUGGCAAAUCGCGGUUAUUAUCAGUAAUCAAUAAUCGGCAAAUUUUAUUCCGGGCGAAGGGCAGAUUGGUCGGGCGGGCGUGGUUUGGUGAUUCUCUCCCCCCCUCCCCUCUCUUUUGUGUGACGUGUCGAAGAAGUGAGCACCCUCAUCGGAGCCUCGACCCCCUGCGAGCGAGAGCCGGGACGAACGACGCGGAGCGUCAAUCCAGGAUGGUCUGGUAGAGGAGAGAGAGCGAGACCAACCCCCACGUCUCGAGAGCGCGAGAAAUGGCGUGCGGCAUAUCGGUCGACGCGACCGCCACGAGCACGGUGCUUCUUCUCCUGCUGGUACUGCUUCAAGCGGCACUGGUCUGGGAGAAAGCGCAGGGCGCUCCAGCGAAGAAGGGCGACAUACUCGCCGGUACGGAAUUCCUUUCGGUCUUCAUAAACGGCGCCAUGGCGACGCCGCCGCAACGGCGCCGGGGUUUCCGACCACGAGGUGGUCAUCAGGCGGCCGCGGGUGACAGCGCAACCGCCGAGUCGCAUCAACACGAAGCGUCGAUUUAUCGGAUAUCCAAAAACCCGAGCGGCGGCCGAUCGAUUUCGGUGCCGAGGCCGCAGACGAGCGGCCGCGAGGAGGUCGUUCGUUUCUAUCCCAUAAAUCAAAAAACACUGGGUCACCGGCAGCAGAAUCUGGCGUCGUUGAUCGACGACCUGAGCACGCCGGGCGGCAUAAGCUCGACACGUUUGUCGCCCUCGAGCGCGGCGACGACGAUAACGAGCACGCCAACGUUGAUUCACCAAGAUCGAACGAUCUCGAGGUCGAAUGGGACCAAUGGAUCCGUCAGCACCGGAGGCAGAGGUGUCAGCCGGCAAAAGGUGAUCGGCGUCAGUGUUACGUCCACGGUCGAGGCCACGCCGUACAAAGUACGCGUCGAGCAUUACGACAGCGCUGACGCCGCGACAGUCGCGCGGCCGUCAAGUUUGGAAUCUGCUGCAAACAGAGAAGUCACUGGCGAGUCCAGGGAGCCAAGCAGAAGUACGACGAGGGGCACCAGCAGGCCGUCGGCGCCAUCACCGUCCACGACGACGACGACGACGACGACUACCACGACCACCACGACGACUACGAUGACGCCCCCGGGUCGAUUCGUCACCGAGGAGCUCAGCAACAUCGUCUCGGAAUCAAACAGGAGCGAGUUCUCCGUCGACGAGGACUCGCCGAGAACAAGCUGGCGCAGCCGCGUGACCAUGACACCGCGAAUUCAACAGGUCCCCGCAAGGAGUCACCAUCAGGACGAAGACGUCGACGAGGCCGGCCGGAUCAUCGACGUCGACGCGAUUACCCUGCCGACGGAGGAGAAUUACGAGCUACCUGUAGUGAACUCGGAACAGCGAGAGUUGAACGAGGAACUGCCGGAGGCGGUGUCGUCGUCGGAUCGGACGCUUCAAGGACGCAAAAUGGGACGUCACUACGACGGGUCGCUCUACAAUCGCCCGGGCCCGAAAAUGUACGGCCAGUCGUCGAAGGCGUACAAAGCUCCGCGAACCUAUAAUGAGCCGGCUAAGGUGUACGGCGAGCCGGCCAAGGUGUACGGUGAACCUGAGCGAGUGUACGGGGAGCCGGCGAAAGUGUACGGCGAACCGGCUAAGGUCUACAGCGAACCGGCCAAGGUCUACAGCGAGCCCGCGAAAGUCUACAGCGAGCCCGCCAAAGUCUACGGCGAGCCGGAGAAAGUCUACUCCGAGCCGUCCAAGAUCUAUUCGGAGCCAGCCAAAGUCUACUCCGAGCCGGCCAAGGUCUACUCACAGCCGGCCAAGGUGUACGGCGAGCCCAGCAAGGUGUACGACUCUGCGGGCCAGCCGGUCGAUCGUCAGCAGGAGGACGGCGAGCCCGACGAGCAAAACUACGAGAUCGACGAGUCGGUCAGCGUCGGCAGCAACGGCAACGUUCAUGGGCCGCAGUUGGUGGUCACGGAGGAAACCCCGGGCGCGACUGAGGACGGUCACAAGGUCGGCUACGUGGUGGAGGGUAGGAACUACAGGAAGUACAGGGUCGAGGAGAGAACGCCGGACGGCUUCAUCGUGGGCGAGUACGGCGUCGUUAGUCACGACGACGGCUCGCUGCGCGGCGUCAGGUACACCGCCGACGGCACCAUUAAUCCCCAGCUCAUCUACGACGCCCUGAUGAAGUUCCUCGCAUUGUGAGCGCGUGAUAAAAGAGGAGGAAGGUGAAAGGAAGGGAAACGAGUCGACGAAUUGCUGGAGCGAUUUCCUAUGGUUUAUAAUCCGUUUCAAAAAUCGGGAACAAUUCGAUCUGCCAACACUAUAUCUCCAUUGCUAUUGUCAUCCAGACAAUAGUCCUUUUAGAUCGUUCCACGUCAGCUAGUGACAGCGUAUGGAUUGUGGGAGCUACCAUUGUUUCUUUCUUCAGGAAGACUCGAUUCCGCGAUUGCGUCGAAGUUGCGGGCUUCCUCGAGAUGGCUUCGGCGAUGUCGUCGACGAGACGAACACGACUGAUUCUUUUGCUCUUGCCAACUCAACUGCCUCAACAAUUAAUUUUAAGGACGACGAUUUAGAUUCUAAGGAUGAGCUCGCAUACAACCGGGGCGACCUGUGCGCGCCGCUGCCGUCGACCCGAGAAUUGAAAGGUCGACCGCGACCGACGCACGAAAGUCGAUACUCAGUCAUUGCGAAACGCUGACAGAUGAAAGUUAUUCUUUGGACGGCGAAAGUACGAACUUUUGUGUGCGGUGCUGCUCGAUGGCCUUUGACGUGAUUGUGGCAACCAAUCGACGAGUGGUUGUCGAACGCUUUUCUUACGAGCUCUAUUCUCGCGAGAAUUCUCUUGAAGUGAGGAAAACGCGGCUACUCGCGGGGAAACCCACUAAAGGUAUAUUUCAGUGCGUAAAAAGCGCUUGGGUAGCACGACACGCAUCAUCAAACUGAACGCGCGAUAAUAAUUUUCCGACUGCAAACUUACGACGUUUAAUGUAAUUUGACCUAAAGCACGAUAACAGAUUCGUAAGCGUCGUUCAUUAUCACAGUUAUGAGAUAAAAUCGUGCUUGACGGAAAUGUCGAAGAGAUGUCCGGUCCCGAUAUAACGAUUUUAAGCUUACCGACGAUGAUUUCCCACGUGCGCACAUCGAUACGUGUCUUCGCAACUGAAUGUCUCUCACAUAAUGAGAAUCCGUACCCACCUUUGUGCAUCCUUCUCGAGGAUGUAGCCGCGAUCGACCCUCGAUCCUUGAUCUCUGAUCUCCGAUCUCCGGAGAAAGAAAAUCUUGAAUCGCGGAGGCUCGGGCCCCAUUUUUUUGAAUGCAGCAAAUACUCUGGAUGAAAACGUGCAUUUUUAACGACAAUGCAUAGAAAUAAUUUAUGAUGUCUCCCUGCAUACCGAUGAUCUUUCCGUCAACUUUUUAAAGUAAUAAACGUCAGAGAUCCUCGAUCGAUCGACAUGAUACAAUCUUGUUGUGGCACUAAAGAAUAAAUUUGUUAUGUAUCGAAGAGAAACAUCACAGUGUCAAUUUAUCUGAGAUUAAUUUAAUCGCCGAACGGGAUUAAACAAAUUUUGUUAUCCGCUAUUGUGCCGCAGUUAACGCUGGAACAUUCGAAGUUAUCGUUUUUUUUUACUUUCGUAAUAUUUAUUUCUACUAAUACAGAUAAACUUUGAUCUGGAUUUAAUUUAUUUUUUUAUUUUUUUAAGACAUUUAAUAAAAACACAAAAUGUAAAACAAACAGCCUUUAAAUAAAAUAAAUAAAAGUACAUAAUAUUUUAUAAGAAAUAUAUAGUCAAAAUUAUAUUUUAACAGAUAAAUUGCAUCUGAAUGUUCUAACGUUGACAGCCUCUGAAAUCGUCGGCUAAGGCCCAGUUCCACUAACACAGGUUCAAUAGACGAAUUUAUUUCACACAAAACAAAUUCUUCUAUUGAACAAUGUUUUUUAAACUCUAGUUAAACGAAGUUGUGGAACUCGGUCUGCGAGUCGCCUUCAUGCGAUCACUUUAAGGGCGGUCACGCUUCUGCGAUGAAGAGGUAGACGAGGAAGUUGCAACUGCUAGGGCCCCUCGAAUUGACGGUUUUCUGUCAAAAUUAGCCAGCGGGCCCCGCAGCUGCGAUGGACGGACCGACUUGUCGCGGCAGCGUCUCCGCGCGUGUAUCCUAGUUCCAUAAGUUCCCUUAGAUCUUAAGGCUGACAAAGGAAGUAUCUCAAUCAGCGAGAAAGCUCGUCCUUUCUCCGUAGCGUCGAUUAUAUAUUACUUAGCGAUUUACAACUAGCUCGUUCUCUCUCACAUUACCUCAGUCCUUUGAGAUAGUUCCUCUCGCCACGCAAUAUCCCGCGAGCACAUUCAUAUCCUACGCCUCGCGAAGUAUUCCGCGGGUAUAGCACAUUACAGGGCGUUCCGAAAUCGUCUUUGUUUCUCCGAUUAACGAGGGAAAAUAAAUUUCAAGUCUAUCGAUGAUGGGAAGGAGACGAAAUAGGAAGCAGCGACGGUAAUUUCUGAAGCAGCCUGUGUACGGAUAUGUAUCUUGCGUAUUGCUCAUGUUCGUAGGCCUACAAAGGUCUCGGCUAUAUUUUACUUUAUAUAUAUUCUUCCGUAUGUACAUUUUUUAAUGCCAAUAUGCUACAGACGGUAUCUCUAAGAAUUCUCUUAUAUAAAGCAUGCAUCCUAGAUAAUAUUUACAAUAAAAGUACUAUGUAAUGCUGUGUGCAAGCCAUUGCCGUUUUUCAACAGCAACUUUGUAAUAAAUCCAUUGCCAUGAAGAAAAUAUCCUGAUUAUUAUAAUCCGAGUAAGAUUUCUGCGUUCAGCGAAUUUAUUAAUUUAGUAUCUCGACCUUUUCCUAAUACACUUAAUUCUUUUUACUCUUUUUCAAUGUUGCAUUUAUUGUCGAGCUCUAAAUGAUUAUUCUAAGAAAUAUUUGUAAAAAAUUAAAAAAUAUAUAAAUUAUCAGU